GUUGCCCUUCCUUUAAACCCCUCGCCUCUUCACCUUUUGACCACUCCUUGUUUCCCUCCCUCCCUCUCGCCGGCGAUCGUACCGGGGUUGUUUGAGUUGAGCGUCCGACGGAGGUAGCGGAGAAGAAGUAAUGGCCACCCGGCGUCAGCAGGCCCUGGUCUCCCAUGGACAGAGAGCUGGGGUAGUGCCGCCGGCGGUGGGCAAGCAGAAGACUGUCGCUGCGGCCGCUGCAAAGAACCGCCGUGCCCUAGGAGAUAUCGGCAAUGUUGUUAAUCCCCGAGUUCCAGAAGGGAAACAGCAACUUCAAAUCAAUCGCCCAAUCACACGAAGCUUUGGUGCUCAACUUCUGGCAAAUGCAAAAUCUGCUGCUGCUGCUGCCGAAGCUAAUAAGAGACCUGUGGUUGUUGUAUCUGAUGGGGCAGCUGACAAAGGUGCAGCAGCAAAACCGCCUCUGAACAAGGUCACAAGAAAACCUGAAGAGAAGAAGACUAAGAAGAAGGAUAAAACAGUACUAGUGACAGACCCUGACAAGAAUGUUGCUGCAAGUAAAAUCGAAGAGAAGAUAGUAGUGACAGUGCCCUUAGUUGAUGUCCAAACACAUCCUGCAUCUUCCCACAAAAGGUCUUCCAGGAAAAAAGUUAAUGCAUAUUCUUCUGUGCUCACUGCUCGAAGCAAGUUUGCUUGUGGAAUCUCUUCUAAGCCAAAGGAUUUGGUUGAUGAGAUUGAUGCAGCAGAUGCUGAGAACCAAUUGGCAGUUGUGGACUACGUCGAAGACAUCUACAAAUUCUAUAAAUCUUCUGAGCAUGCAAGCAAACCCCAUGACUACAUGGACUCACAGGUUGAGAUCAAUGCAAAGAUGAGAACAAUUCUUGCUGACUGGCUAAUAGAAGUGAACCAUAAAUUACAGUUGGCCCCUGAAACUCUCUACUUAACAUUUAACAUAAUCGACCGAUACCUUUCAAUGGAAUUCCAAACUCUGUUUAAAGAAUUCCAACUCGUGGGGGUAUCUGCCAUGCUCAUUGCCAGCAAAUAUGAGGAGAUUUGGGCCCCAGAGGUCAACGACUUCCUUUGGAUGGCAGACAGGUCAUACAGCAGAGAGCAAGUCCUUGGCAUGGAGAAGAGAAUUCUGAACAAGCUCGAAUGGAACUUGACUGUGCCAACCCCGUAUGUGUUUCUCGUGAGGUUUAUCAAGGCUGCGGCUUGCGACAAGGAGAUGGAACACAUGGUGUUCUUCUUCGCUGAGUUGGCUUUGAUGAACUACUCCAUGAUCAUGUUUUGCCCGUCGCUGGUCGCGUCAUCUGCGGUUUAUGCUGCACAAUGCACACUAAACAAGAGCCCUGUUUGGAGCGAGAGACUGAAGAGGCACACUGGCUUUUCUGAAGACCAAUUACUGGACUGCACGGAGAUGCUGGUGAACUCCCAUGCCAUGGCUCGUGAGAGCAAAUGGAAAGCUGCCUACAAGAAGUAUGCCGAGGAGGAUUUCAGUGCCGUGGCGUUGCGUCCCUCGGCCACGAAAUUAAUAGAGGAGUUGAAGGCUUCCAGAAUAUGAUGCUGCGAAAAUCCACUUGUUUUCCUGAAAAAUUAUUAGUGGCGCUUCGUUUCCAUGUUCUUAACGAAAGAACAUUAUUUCUUGGCAAUUUUGUCGCUACUUUAGAAUGUGUAAAUAAUUGCUCGUUACUAAAAAAAAAAAUUACUAAAAAUUUACCGAUAUAUUAGUGGUGAAUGAAUUUGAUUUUCG